CACAUGGGUCAACCUUCCGCCGUGGCAAAGGCUGGGAAAUGGCUGCGUUUCUGUUGUAUCUUAGGUUUCCAUUGCUACUACUUACCUCAGUCCUGAUUUUUAGCAGAGCUCGGGGCGAGCUUUUUACGGCCUUAGUCGAUCUAGAACAAUUGGUGUAUAGAGAACGAGAAUUAAGAUUUACUUUAGAACAAUACGUGAAUUUAGAACAAGAAAGGAUAACCAAAUUGAAGAAGUUUCUCGCUCGAGUGGAUUCCGCACACAAUCUGGUAGGAGAAGAUGUACCAAGGUAUUUAGGACAUCCUGUAAAUUCUUAUCUCCAGAUCAGGAGAUUAUAUAAAGAUUGGCCUGAAGCAGAGAAAUUGAUUCAAAUCGAUAAUUCUGAGGCUGUCAGUGAUGCCAUAACCAAGCAUAAAGAGGCACUUUCAUCGAAAGAAGAUUAUGAAGGAGCAAUCACUGCCCUCCUGCGACUUCAAGACACCUACCAACUUCAACCAUCAUCAUUUACAGAAGGCAAGCUGACAGACGCUGUCCCAUCACCCAAAAUGACAGUUGGUGAGGUUUAUGAUAUUGGACGACAUGCUUAUGUGAAUGGCGAUAUGUUUUACACAAGAUCAUGGAUGGAGGAAUCACUGAAACAAUACAUUAAGCAACAGGAUGAUUUAGAGGGAGUUAAUCUCUUUGACAUCUACGAUCACCUUGCGUACUCAAAUUACAAGCGAGGUAACAUGAGGAAGGCAUUAGAGUACUCCAAGAAGAUGGUAGAGCUUGAUCCCUUGCAUGAACGAGCACAAGGGAAUGUUGCUUUCUUUGGAGAAGAAGUGAAGAUGUACAAACAGACUGGUCGCCGAGGGGAUACUGGGAUUAUCACUGACACUAAAGUAAAACCAAGGAGUGAGCGUGACAACUGGCACCGAACAUCCUCCUUCCAAAACUAUGAAAAACUCUGCAGGGGAGAAGUUAGAAAUUUGACUGCAUGGGAACAAAGUAAAAUGUUGUGCUGGUACUACAGUGGUACACCAAGAUUAAGAAUCAGGCCGGCAAAGUUUGAAAGAGUGUUUUUAAAGCCAGAAAUUAUAAUAAUGCGCCAAAUCCUAACAGUGCCAGAGAUGAACAAGAUAAAAGAGUUGGCCGCGCCAAGGCUCCGUCGUGCCACUGUUAGAAGCUCCAAAACUGGUUUGCUAGAACAUGCUAAAUAUAGAGUGAGCAAGAGUGGCUGGUUGAAAGACACUGACCACGAACUUAUAAGACGAGUGAGUUUGCGCAUUGAAGAUGUAACAGGCUUAACGAUGGACACAGCUGAAGAACUACAGAUUGUAAACUAUGGUAUUGCUGGUCAUUAUGAACCGCACUACGAUUUUGCACGGAAUAAUGAAGACAAGUUUACAUCUCUUGGCACGGGAAACAGAAUCGCCACCUUCUUGGCUUACAUGAGUAAUGUCGAAGCUGGUGGCGGUACGGUGUUUACACAAGUUGGCACAACUUUAUUUCCCAGCCAGGGAGACGCUGCUUUCUGGUGGAACUUGAAGCGCAGUGGAGAUGGAGAUGACAGCACAAGACAUGCUGGCUGUCCAGUAUUGGUUGGCAGUAAAUGGGUGGCAAACAAGUGGAUCCAUGAGCGAGGUCAGGAAUUCCGACGGCGUUGUGCUCUGUCCCGACAUGAAUGACACUGCUGACUGGAGCAGCGGGCUCAGAAUAGCUGCUUAAAUUAACCAAAUAGAAGUUACUAAUAUUAAUACAGAUUUUAUAUACAUUUAUUCUUCAUAUAAAAACGCCAGCGCCAGUGAUACUAACGCUUCGACUUUCCAUGCCCCUUAGUGUCACUAAUUUAACUCAAAAUAACAGCGUUUGAAACCAAAUUCGUCUUUUUGAAGUUUUGGCUGGAAAACUUUUUGUUCGUUUGCUAACGUGAAUGGAUAUUUGUGAAUAAUCCUUUCAAGGCUUACUACUUAAGUCCUGUAUUUUGUUAGAAAAGUAAACCACUGGUUUAUUUUGCCUUCUAAGUUACUUAUUUAUUUUCAUUUUUAUUUUUUUGUGUGGUAUGUCGUCGUUAAUUUAAACUGUUCGCUCCCAAAACUUUUAAAAGACUGAAGAGAAGCUGCUUUGUCAGUGUUCCGUAGAAUAUAAUGAUUUUCUCUGAGAGCCUUAGUAUCUAUUAUGGCGUGAGAAUUUAAGGGUGAAAGAUUUUAACAUGAGCGCGUGUCACGUGGAUGACUGCACCAAACGUUAGCGUUUGGACCCAGUCUUUUGGUUUGUACAAAGAAGAGAGAGGACUGUGGAUACUGAAAGAAAUGAAUAGAGAAAGGCUGCAAGAAAAAAUUCUUUUUAUGAUAUUAAUGAUAAUAAUAAAGUUUAUAAUCUUGAUAAAUCCUAAGAGUUUAAUUAUUUUCUCACAGUUUCUCAUCAAGUCUCAAAUUUUCAUCGAACGGAAAUAAAUUUUGUAUAUUGCU